AUGGCGAGCCUUACCUCGCUCCUGUUGAUGUCGGACAAGCGGGCAUUUGAGCUAGUGGAGAGCUAUCCCCAGGUGCUGUCUGUCGCGCCGCACGACCUGGCAGAGCGUUUGGUCGCGCUGAAGCAGCUGCUGCCCUGGCACGACGUGGCGGCCAUGAUCGAGCUGCACCCGCGGCUGCUGGGCUGCGAGGCGGGGUUCGUCCAGACGGAGAUGAAGCGGCGGCUGGACUUGCUAGUGGCGGGCAUGCCUGGCGCCAACCUAUCCGCUAUGGUGCAGGAGUACCCCUGGGUGCUGCUGAUUGAUGUGGAGAAGGUGCUGCCGCAGCUGCAGGAGUUGUGGCCAGGGCUGGACGCGGAGGCCUUCGCGGCGUCAGAGCCAGGGGAGCUGGCCCUCGCGCUGCGCGCGCUGUCGUGGAGCAAGGACGAGCCGCCGCCCAUCCGGCCCCUAGGCGCACUGCGACCGCGCCGGGUGCGCUGCGCUGCCCAGGCCGACGACCCCGUCCGUCCAAGCAACAGCGACAACCAGCAGGCGGCGGCCCCGUGGACUAUUGGCUCCUACUACACCAAGAAGCUUGAGCGCCGCACGGACCCUCUGGGCAACAUCGUCCAAGAUACUCACACCAUUGCAGAGCCGGUCAACUGGACCUCCGACGCGCAGCUUGCGCUGGCGAUCAAGGUGGUCGCCGCCGACCUGGGCGCCAGCGAGGAAGCCGUGAGGGAGCGCGUGGAACUGCUCAGCGCGGUGCUGCCCGAUGGCGGGCUUGGCCUGCCAGGGGUGAAGCCUGGAGAGCUGGUUCGCCUCGCGAUGGACGUGGACGGCGUCGUGGCCAGCCUCCUGGCUCUCAAAGACGCCUUCCCGCGCGCCAAUGCGUCGGCCAUGGCCGCGAAGCACCCCGCCCUGCUGCGCGCGAGCGCGGCGGAGCUGCGGGCCCGCGCGGAGCAGUUCAAGCGGGUUCUGCUGGAGCAGGGGGGCGACGACCCCGACGCGCUGGCGCAGGAGGCGCCUCUUUUGCUGGAGCCAGGUGCCCUGGAGGGCGUGUUGGACGAGCUGCGGCGGCUGUUCGGCUCCAAGACCCCCCCGGGCCGCCUGCUGCAGAACGCGCCCAGCCUGGCGCUCAGCUGCCAGUCGCUGCAGGGGCAGUCGAGGGGCGAGCGCGACGACGACUACCUGCAAGAUAUCUUCAGUGGGGGCGCGGGCCCGAUGGGCGCCGCGGGGAGGGUAAGCAGCAGCAGCGGCAGCAGCAGCGGCAGCAACAGCAGCAGCAGCAGCGGCAGCAGCAGCAGCAGCAGCAGCAGCAGCAGCAGCAGCAGCAGCAGCAGCAGCAGCAGCAGCUACAGCGCUGGGGCUGGCGAGAGGGACACCGGCUGA